AUGAGCAGCACCAACCAGUCCAGUGUCUCUGAGUUCCUCCUCCUGGGACUCUCCAGGCAGCCCCAGCAGCAGCAGCUCCUCUUCCUGCUCUCCCUCACCAUGUACCUGGCCACUGUCCUGGGAAACCUGCUCAUCAUCCUGGCCAUCAUCGCAGACUCACACCUGCAUACCCCCAUGUACUUCUUCCUCAGCAACCUGUCCUUUGUGGAUGUCUGCUUCUCCUCCACCACUGUCCCUAAAGUACUGGCCAACCAUAUACUUGGGAGUCAGGUCAUUUCCUUCUCUGGGUGUCUCACACAGAUGUAUUUUCUCUCUGUGUUUGCUGACAUGGACAAUUUCCUGCUGUCUGUGAUGGCGUAUGACCGAUUUAUGGCCAUAUGCCACCCGUUACACUAUACAACAAAGAUGACCCAUCAGCUCUGUGCCCUUCUUGUGGUUGGGUCAUGGGUGGUAGCCAACAUGAAUGCUCUGUUGCACACACUGCUCAUGGCUCGACUCUCCUUUUGUGGAGAAAACAUCAUCUCCCAUUUCUUCUGUGAUGUGACUCCCCUCCUGAAACUCUCCUGCUCAGAUACACAUCUCAAUGAGCUGAUGAUUCUUACAGAGGGAACUAUGAUCAUAGUCACUCCAUUUUUCUGUAUCCUGAUCUCCUACGUCCACAUCACCUGUGCUGUCCUGAGAGUCUCAUCCCCUAGAGGAGGAUGGAAAUCCUUCUCCACCUGUGGCUCCCACCUGGCUGUGGUCUGCCUCUUCUAUGGCACCAUCAUAUCCCUGUAUUUCAACCCCUCAUCCUCUCACUCAGCUGGAAGGGACAUGGCGGCUGCCAUAAUGUACACAAUUGUGACCCCCAUGCUGAACCCUUUCAUCUAUAGCCUGAGGAACAGAGACAUGAAAGGGGCUUUAAGGAAACUGCUCACCAUGAAUAUUCAUCUACAGAUAAGUGUAAGAAAAUCUUAUACAUAA